AAAAAAAUGAAACUGGCAACGAUUCCUGAUCAAAGCAAUCCAUUUGAUUUUGUUUUUAUUUGUCAAUGAAAUUAUAUUUUUUCACUUGGAGUGAAAAAAUAUGAUUUCAUAUCGUCCAUAAAAUUUGCUGCGAUGGUCUGCCUGGUGAGAAAUGUCUAAAACGUGCUAUAGCAGGGAAUCGACCAUCGAGCACAAACUAACUUGGUGGAUCUUGGAAAAACCAGAGUCUGAAUAGUGACUUGAAGAUAACGAUGCAAAAAUGUUUCAGCUGGACGGACAUAUUCUGUGUAUGACUUCUUCGGAAUUGAAAACAUCGGCGUACAUUGAUUUAAUCGAUCCAACCGUUUCAAACGCAGCUCAUUGGUUUUCAUACCUAACCAGACCGUCUGACCAAACAAAUUUAUCGAUAUCAAUGCAACUAUUUCAUAUGCAAAACGGUUCAACGAAGCGGCUGCUUGAGGACACAUUCCUCCUUCCAAAUAAUCGUGCGGAAAACGGCAUGGCAUUGCGAUAAGAGAAACAUGCUAAAACUUUAAACGGCGCCCAUAUUUUCAAGGAUAAACACUGUUUAAUGUUAUUGUCAAGAAAGUAAUCCGAGAUAAAGGCUAGUUUACAGCUCGGAAAAUGUGUCACGGGAUUGGGUCCCUGUGUAUUUUAAAUGGAGCUCGAGAUUUCAAAUCCCGAAGCGGGAAACAAGUGUACACAAAAAUGUCAGUUUUCACUAACCGCGGGAAACAUCACGGGAUUUUAAACUCUCCAUACAAAAAUCCGCCCAGGAACAAUUCAACAUAAAUUGUUUCCGACGGGGAAAAUAGUAUUUUUAUACUAGGUUUGCAAUUCGGAGUAAGUUUGAUACUAGGUUUGUUCCAGUACUAGGAGAAACUGGAAGUACUCCGGAGAAAAUCGUUCCUGUACUCUCGUCUUCUCUUUUUUUCUUUUUCUGGUAGCAAACCGCAGUAAAAAGGAGCAAAAGCAGCAGAGUUUUUGGUUUGGCAGUUUGGAGCGAUCUCGGCGAAAAAAUUUUCCUGAUCAAAUCCCGUGCGAAAUCUCGUGCCCCUUUUCCCGAACAUAAAGCCUGAAUUGAUGAGGGUUGUGAGAUACAAGGUUCAGUCGGUAGGCCUACAAACCAAUCCGACACUACACACCAUGCCAGCCAAAAGUUGUUCAGUAAUUUCUUUCGACGACUUGCACAGUAAGGUGACACUAUGCUAUAUUUCACUCUAAGGAGAAAAAUUAGGUAAACAGUAACAAUAAAGUGAUCGUUUACGAGCGGUCUAUCGAGAAGCAAGUGUUUUUUCCAGUCCGUCAGUGUUAGAUAAAGAAUCGUACUAAUCCCCGUUCAAGGUUAUCUUGCACAUUCUCUACCUCUCGAGGUUUCGGACUUUUUUCUUCUUUUGUGCGUGUGUUAACCGUUAGGCCGCAUUCUUCAGCCUAUUGUUCGCAUAGUGAGGAUUGAAUAAUAGCCAGCUAUAUAAGCUGGACUGGUGCGUCGUGGGAAACAAAUUUACAGAUAAGUAAAAUCUACCUCUUUUGACACAUUUACGGCUUAUUACCGUCUGCGCGGGUGCGAACCCCGUGCGUCGACGGUGUCGACCACCCUCAACAAACAUCUAUGCUCACUUGUCUCCUAACGAGGACGAAGCUGAUGACCCACAAGAGGGAACAUUUACUAGGGUGCCUAGAAGCUAUAGGAAGAGGAGUAACAUUUCCUCUCCUAAAGUUCCUUGUAAAGGCCAGAAGGUGUCCCUAGACGGGGCUCCGAAAUUGACAUCCCUUGGAAGUGUUGCAACCAAGCCGAAGCAAGUAGCUCCUGGUCUCGGAGGAUUAAACUCAGAGAAGGAGUUCCCAGCACUUCCCGAAACAUCAAAAAUCCCAAGUGUUCCUCUGUUUCAGUUCGAGAAUAAUGGCGGCACUGGAAUUAUCUAUCUCUCGGACAUUGUGAACUGGAUAAUAAAAACUUUCAAUAUAACUGAUCCUAUUAAAAGUCUGUUGUUAGCUCUUCUACCUACAGUAAGCGAUUGCAUCCUUCGAUGGCUAACUCAUCGAACGAGGUCACGGAUUUGAUCACUGUUCUACAGUGGAAUUGCAGAAGUAUCAUCCCAAAAAUAGAUUCUUUCAAAUUUUUAAUUAAUAGCUUGAGAUGCGAUGCAUUCGCUUUAUGUGAAACUUGGUUUACUUCCGUUAUAAACCUUAACUUCCACGAUUUUAAUACUAUUCGCUUGGAUCGAGUUACCCCCUACGGAGUACUUUUGGGGAUCAAAAAAUGUUAUUCCUUCUACAGAAUUAACCUUCCCUCAAUUCCAGGCAUUGAAAUUGCCGCUUAUCAUGUAACAAUCAAAGGCAAAGAUCUUUGCAUAGCUUCCAUAUAUAUUCCCCACAACACCGCGAUUGGGCACUGCCGGCUACAUGACAUCAUAGAAUCCCUGCUUGCACCGCGACUUGUUUUAGGAGACUUUAACUCUCACGGUGCGGAAUGGGGUUGCCUUUAUGAUGAUAACCGUUCUUCUUUAAUUCAUAAUAUUUGCGACAACUUCAAUAUGAUAAUUUUAAACACGGGUGAAAUGACACGGAUCCCUCCCCCACCAGCGCGCCCAAGUGCAUUAGAUUUAAGUGCAUUUGCUCGACCUCGCUACAGUUGGAUUGCGGGUGGAAGGUAAUCCCUGAUACCCACGGUAGCGACCAUCUGCCGAUCGUAGUCUCGAUCACCAAUAGUUCAAGACCAUUGGAAUCAAUCAAUAUUUCGUAUGACCUCACACGAAAUAUCGAUUGGAAGAGCUAUGCGGCCGCGAUAUCCGACAACAUCGAAUCUACCCAAGAACUUCCUCCGGAGGAAGAGUACAGCUUUUUGGCUGGCUUGAUUCUCGACAGCGUGAAUCAAGCUCAGACUAAGCCAGUACCCGGCGAGAACAUACAAAAACGUUCUCCCAAUCCCGCCUCGACAAUUGGGUUGAAGAAAAUGGCUUACUGUUAGAUACACAAUUUGGCUUUCGCAAGGGCAAAGGGACGAACGAUUGUCUUGCGUUGCUCUCAACCGAAAUUCAAAUGGCCUAUGCUAGCAAAGAGCAGAUUGCAUCAGUAUUCCUAGAUAAAAAUGGGGCUUUUGAUUCAGUUUCUAUCAACAUUCUUUUAGAGAGGCUGCACCAGCAUGGUCUUUCAGCGACUUUAAACAACUUUUUACUAAACUUGUUGUCGGAAAAGUACUUGCAUUUUUCGCAUGGUGAAUUAUCGACAUCACGAUUUAGUUACAUGGGCAUUCCCCAGGGCUCAUGUCUAAGCCCUCUGUUAUACAAUUUCUAUGUCAACGAAAUUGAUGAAUGUCUUGACAAUUCCUGCACGUUAAGGCAACUUGCAGACGAUGGCGUGGUUUCUGUAACGGGACCCAAAGCUGUCGAUCUACAAGGACCAUUACAGAAUACCUUGGACAAUUUGUCUGCUUGGGCUAUUAAGAUGGGUAUCGAAUUCUCAACGGAGAAAACUGAGCUAGAUGUAUUUUCUAGGAAGCGUGAACCAAUUACAGCUUCUAUUAAUGGGUUAAACUAUAACUCAGGUCUUCACAGUAAAAUAUCUAGGGGUCUGGUUCGACUCGAUAGGUACUGGGGGAUGCCACAUUAGGUAUCUGAAACAGAAAUGCCAACAAAGGAUCAACUUUCUUCGUACAAUAACCGGAACGUGGUGGGGUGCCCACCCAGGAGACCUAAUUAGGUUGUAUCAAACAACGAUACUGUCGGUAAUGGAAUACGGAUGCUUCUGCUUUCGCUCCGCCGCGAACAUACAUUUCAUUAAACUCUAAAGAAUUCAGUAUCGUUGUUUGCGUAUCGCCUUAGGGUGCAUGCAGUCGACCCAUACGAUGAGUCUCGAAGUCCUGUCGGGCGUUCUCCCGCUGAAAAAUCGAUUUUGGGAAUAUCGAUUACUCAUUCGAUGCGAUAUCUUGAACCGGUGGUGAUUGAAAAUUUUGAAAGGCUUGUUGAGCUCAAUUCCCAGACCCGUCUCAUGUCCCUGUUCUUUGACUACAUGACGCAGAAUAUUAAUCCUUCUCCUUACAAUCCAAACCGUUCGCAUUUCAUAAAUACUUCUGAAUCUACUGUUUUCUUCGACGCAUCCAUGAAAGACGAGAUCUGUGGAAUUCCGAACCACAUACGCCCACAAGUGGUUCCAAACAUUGCGAAACUUUGCGAGGGUGGCUGGAAAGGGAUGUAUGUCAAGUUGGACGGCUUCUCUGAAGAAUCGGUUAACGUUUCGACAAUCUUCGAUAUUGGCAAAAGUAGUGAGUAUACAGCAGAUGUCGGUCAGUGGGCUAGCAACGGCAGUUAAGGAGGAAAAACACGAAGUUGGAGAAAAUCGGGAUAUCGUUGUCUAGAGAAAUUUUAGCGCCGAUGAUUAUUCCGUUAGAGUGGCAGCGAAAUGGAUCGCGAAAAUGGGCAUCGGUAUAAGGUGAAAUACUGCCGCCAAGAAGUCCUCAGCACCAGCUAGCAGAUAAAUAGGAACGACUAGCACCAAGAAGGACAAGAAACCCGGCGAAGGUGGUUGUAAACAGAUGUAAAUCCUUAUGGUCGACACCCCCGGAUCGGUUCAUGUACCAACAGGGUACGAUAUUUGCAGCAGACCUGAGCAGGCUCUUACUAGCAAGCAAAUAAAAUAAGAGGAUAUUCGAGCCCUCGUCAUAUUCCACCAAUUGAUUGGAUAGCUGCGGAGCCCAGCACCGUAUAAUCGGCAACUAAAACGUAUAAGGUUCCUCUAAUCCUGUUGUAAUGAUAGUUACCAGUUCUUUGGAAAAGAUAUUUCAUCAGAGCACCAGUGGUAUCAUUUACAUUCAAAGUGAGCGAAUCAAAUCCACUGGCUUCAUCAGUUCCACCAGCUUAAACCGGUUCUGGAAAUGAAUUUUAUAAUUCCACAUAACGCAUUGUUCAUCAAAUUCAGCCAGAAGAUCCCGGGUCCGGUUAAAUUUGACGCCAGGAACCAGACUUUCAAACCGAUUAUGAAUGAACUGCGUAAGGAUGAAGUACCGCUGUUGCACUGGAUAACACGACAAUCGACAUGCUUUAUCGAGAACAGCGCAGCUACUCGGUCGGUCCAAGCAUGGGUUAUAUCGCUUGGUGUAAAACCCGAUAUAUGAUAAAAAAAGUUUGAGAUAACGAAUCUUUACAUCAGAAAAGAGCGUCUCUAGUCGAAGACUGACAGUUAAAACUAUUUAUCAGCUCGUGGAGACCAAAAAACUAGUGUGAAAAAUGUAUCAACAUUUUUGCGGAAUAUGGAUACAGUUAUGCUGGGCCUAGUCUCAAUGGAAGAGGAGAAACAAUUUUUGAAAAGGCAACGUUCAAAUUUACGAAAAUAUUCCGAUGUUUUGGAGAUGACGGAUGUAGAAUUCAUCAAAAACUUCCGAUUGAACAAACCAGCAUUCAAAUACAUCCUGAAUGAGAUUUCGAACGAGUUUCCCCCUAUGAAACAAGAUGGGAUUUCCCCAAAGGAAAAACUUGCAGCUUGUCUCCGUUUUUUUUGCCGAAGGCAGUUAUCAACAUGGUACGGGAAAGGAUUUCGAUGUAGCUGUCGCCCAACCAACAUUUUCGAAGAUGGAUGGAUAAACUUACAAAUGUCGGAAGAAGAAACGCUUCGAGCAAAAAGAUAUUUCUAUGAAAAAUCCGGAAUUACUGGUGUGAUUAUGUGUGUUGAUGGAACACAUAUUAAAAUAGUUCCACCGACGACAAAUCGCAAUCUUUUUUACAAUCGUAAAGGAUUUUAUAGCCUAAAUGCUAUGAUCAUUUGUGACGACCAACAACGGAUUCGUUUUAUCGACGCAAGCUAUCAGGGAUCCAACCACGACUCAUAUAUUUGGAGGCUGAGCGCGGCUCGAAAACACAUGCUACAACUCCACAGAAAUGGCGACAGAAACACCAGAAUAUUAGGGGAUGCUGGUUAUCCAUCUGAACCGUGGUUGAUAACUCCCCACCGAGCACCGGAAGAUGGAAGCGAAGAAAGCAAUUUUAAUAGGCGGCAUAGCUUGGCAAGAAGGAUUAUUGAACGGACAAUCGGAGUGCUGAAAAACCGUUUUCGGUGCAUACUGGGCGCCCGGCAAUUGCAUUAUUCUCCAGCCAAGUCAUCGAAAAUCAUAAAUGUUUGCUGCGCACUGCACAAUAUAUGUUUAACAUACAAUAACACUCUUAUUCUUGUAUAAAAUUAUAAUGCAUGUUUCAAUGAGAUGAAAGCACGAUAUUUCAUUUAUUGAAAAAUAUCCCAACCAACAGAAUAGCAUAUAGCAUACAUAAUGCUCAUAGAUUAUUAGUUAACAGAGCAAUACAAAUUAGAUCAGCAGACGUGAAGAAUGAAAACAUUUUUAAAGUCACGCAAAUAAAAAUACAAAAAAUGUAUAACGGAAUCACGUUUGAAGCAAAUUUUUGUAUAGGAUAAGUUAAGAGCCAUUCUCACUGUCACCUCACCUAGUUGGAUAAGGGGACCUAUUCUCACAGUUACGUCGCCUACCUAGUGAUUGGAAGAAAAUUUCCUUCUAGUCACUAAGUGACGUGACUGUGAGAAUAGAGCCCAAGAGCGAAAAAAGCGAUCACCGGAGUCACUUUGGUGACUAUAGUCACUUAUUGUGACAGAACGCACCUGGAAGAGCGAUUCCAAGAGUACAGGGGAACAACUUGGACAAGUAUGCACACUUCUUCCAAAUCUCCAAUUUCAAUUAUUAA